AUGGCUAUGGAUAUGAAUUUAAAGAUUGUCUUGAUGGAAAGGGAGCCUGGAAUGUCGCACCUGACAGCCAUCAAGUCUGAGAAUCUUAAACAGCAUAUAACUGUCAGGUAUCUGAUGAAGUUUGUGUUAUUGUUUGAAACUUACAUUGCCAUUUGUGCAUACAGAUCGGAGAUAUUGUAUGGAGGAUAUGUUGCCAAUGUACCUGACAACUGCCCAGAACAAAGCAGUGAGUGGAGUGCCUGUUCCAGGAGCUGUGGGAUAGGAGUGUCUACCCGAAUUUCCAACAAGAAUGACCGCUGUAUUUUGGAGACACAAAGCCAACUUUGUAUAGUGAGACCAUGCCAACAGGACUAUGCAAAUAAAACUCACAUGAGAAGGAAGAUUUGCAGGCCAACAACAAGGGCACCUCAUCCCAUUCAGUUUGAAUACAACAAUUGCACAAGUGUUAAAGCUUACAGACCCAGAUACUGUGGCUCAUGCUCUGACAGACGUUGCUGCACUCCACAUAGAACUAGAACGGAGGUGGUUGAGUUCAGGUGUAAUCAUGGAAGGAUUGUAAAACAGCAAAUGAUGUUCAUUAUUUCCUGUGUUUGUCACUACAACUGCUCACAUGCUUACAACUAAAUUGUAACCCACUAGUAUACUGCAACACUGGCAGCAGAUUAUUUCCAUACAAGAUUUUCCUGUGUAAAAUAAAGUGUUUCUAUACUGAGGAGUUAAACAUUUUGUAAACAUUUUAGAAGAGACCUUUGCCUAUUGAAUUACUCCUGUCUAAGAAUAUUCUGUGCACUCCUUUAAUAUUGAGUUUCCAGCACUAAUUAACACAAUCUCACAGAAAAAAUGGAUGAAGUGAACAUUUUCACUUAUCACGUCAGCCACUAACUGCUUUGCAGAAACCUUAAAAUUCUUUGCCACUAGAGUUUGAGGCUAAAGUGCUUAAUGCUGCUGUAACGUGUCAAACAUAUGCAUUAUGAAAAUCUUCAUGAAAAUGUUGGAUGUUCAACUGACAACCUCAAUAAGACCUGUUGAGGAUGUUAAGUCCCCACCCUAAUAUUCACUAGUCGAGCUGUAAACUCCCUCUACUGGAUGACACUGGGCUGCACUGAUUGCACAAUGUCAGAGAUUGCAGGAACCCUGCUCCUAUCUUUCAUUUAGCAGAAUGCAAGUGUAAGCACUACGAGGCAUCAUAAUGAAAGACACAUCUGCUGCAGCAUAAUUGAAGAUUAGACUAAUUAUCUCAAUUUAAUCAAGAUCAAUACAGUAGUUUCUUACAUUUUUAAUUAAAAAUGAAUACCACUUGCAUGACUGUAUACUGGAGGUGUAACAGGAAAUGUAUUUUUUAUAAAUUUCUGUAUAUAACAGGACACGUUAUCAUCAAAUACUUUUAUAUAUUAAUUAAUGAAGUAACUUGUCAUUGUAACAAUGUACCUAACAAAUGGUGUGGAGUGAUAACUGUGAAUAAAAUGAUGUGUAAUCA